AUGGUUCUGAAAGGACUUGUUCUACUACUGUGCGUCACUGUUGUUGGACUAGCCAUUGUGGGGUAUCAUCCUUUACCUGAAGGCAUUGGUGAGCCACACAAAGUACAGUUUAUAGUUGGCGUGUCCAAGAUUUUCCGUGCUUUUUCCAGGUUGAAGGCAUAUCUUGGCUAUGGAGACAGACAGAGCAACAUUCUAUUGCUGCGGGACUCCCCGAAGACCACAGUCCCAGAGUCUGCUGCAUAUGGAGCUUUGAAGGUAACCAGGGCGGAAAUAGCUGGCGUACCUGUAAUAGUCUACCAGCCAAAGGACGAGUCGACACUUCAUCCUGCCAUUGUUUUCUUCCAUGGAGGUGGCUGGGUGUUAGGAUCUCCAGAUACCUAUGACAAGACAGUUUACUUGUAUGCAGUCCAGACACGAACUGUUGUUGUCAGUGUUGGCUACCGCCUGGCACCUGAACACCCAUUUCCAGCGCCCAUCCAGGACUGCCUUGAUGUAACCAGGUUUGUUUUGAAGCACGGCUCAGAGUAUAACAUCGAUGUCAGCAAAGUUGGUGUGGUGGGCGACAGUGCAGGAGGGAAUUUAGCGGCUGCUGUAGCUCUGAAGCUCACAACGGAAAAAUCGGAUCUUCCCCCUCUCCGGUUCCAAGUGCUGCACUACCCAGCCUUACAAGCCUUCGACAUGCGUUUACCUUCGUACGUGGACCUCAAUGAGAGUGUGCCCAUUCUGACUUCAAAUCUGAUGGGUGUCUUCUAUGCGUUUUAUAUGGGCCUAGAUCCACAAAACUUGACUUACUACUCGACGGUGAUCAACGAAAACAGACACAUUCCUCCUCACGUCCGAAAAUCCGCAUUUGGUGAAUUUGUGAAUGUGAAACAUUUACCAGCCCAGUAUCAAACAGCCCACGAGACGAUCCCAGAUCUGUCCGCACAGUACGACCAGCAUGUUUAUGAACAAAUCAAACACAUCAUCACUGACCCCUUGUUCUCGCCGCUGAUGGCGCUGGAUCUAGCAGGAGUACCCCCGGCGUUUGUUCAUGUUUGUGAGUUUGAUGUUCUAAGGGAUGACGGGUUUUUGUAUGCUAGAAGACUUCAAAACGCGGGUGUCAAAGUUCAUCUACAUUUUGGGAAGGGCGGUUACCAUGGAGAUAUAUCUAGCAGAAUGUGGAUAGUUGAUUUGCAUCCCAAAAGUGGCCAAGUGGCGUUAGCUGGUGCGUACGCGUUCAUUGACUCAGUACUCAAGCAGUGA